AUGUUCCAAACCCCAAUUGUGCCCGAGUUAACAGUGAAAAAUCGUGAUUUUCACAUGUUUGAUGUGAUGCUACGUGGUAAGAAAGCCGGAAUUCGGAACGCUCAGAAUUUCACUGACGAAGAUCUCGAAGCAUGGAAACAUCCUCCCACGCUCAUAAUUUGGGGAGAUGAAGACCAGUUUCUCGUCAAAGAAGGAGCAAUAGCGAGCCUGAAGUAUUGCCGACACGGUCAGCUGAAGUUCAUCGAAGGGUGCAUCACACUGGGUCAUGCAGGACGAGCCGUCUCAGGUUAA